AUGUCCAAGGUCUUACAAGUGGAUAUUGAGGUUGAAGAAAGGGCGGAGGACCCCAAACUAAACUAUGGCUUGUUCUCCAAGGAAUUCCUUAGACGCCAUGGGCUUCAUCUCCUUGGGACUACCUCCACUUGGUUUUUGCUUGACAUCGCCUUCUACAGCCAAAACUUGUUCCAAAAGGAUAUUUUCUCGGCCAUUGGAUGGAUCCCAAAGGCAGCCACUAUGAACGCCAUCCAUGAGGUUUUCAAGAUUGCUAAGGCUCAGACUCUCAUUGCCCUUUGCAGUACAGUCCCAGGUUACUGGUUCACGGUUGCUUUUAUUGAUAUCAUUGGAAGGUUUGCGAUCCAACUAAUGGGAUUCUUUUUCAUGACGGUCUUUAUGUUCGCCAUUGCCUUCCCAUACAACCACUGGAUUUUACCAGAUAAUCGUAUCGGAUUCGUGAUUAUGUACUCACUCACAUUUUUCUUCGCCAACUUUGGACCCAAUGCAAACACUUUCAUUGGUCCAAGUUGA